UAAGCAGGAAGGAGAAUGCAUUUUGCAGACUUCCUCGCAGGAUCUAUUGGAGGAGCUUGUGGAGUGGCAGUCGGUUAUCCUCUGUCGCUCACACAGGUCCGAAUCCAAACUCAGAAACACUUCACUGGAAUCUGGCAGUGUUCCACAACCACUAUUAAAAAUGAAGUUUAUGUUAAUUGUGUUCACCGUUACUUUGCAAAGGUUCAUGGGGUUUUUAAAGGAAUGGCUUUGCCUGUCACCACCAUAUCCAUGACGUCCUCUCUGGUGUUUGGCCCCCAUCGCAGCUGUCUGCAGCGUUUCAGUCACAUUCACGCCUCUGAUGGCCGCAUCACCAAACUGGAGAUUUUCCUGUCAGGUUUUGCUGGUGGUGUGACGCAGAUUUCUGUAAUGUCUCCUGGUGACAUUGUAAAAGUUCGUCUUCAGUGUCGAACCGAGGGACAGAGGAACGGAUUCAACCGUCCCAAACCCAAAUAUCGUGGACCCAUUCACUGUCUGCUGACGCUCAUCAGAGAAGAGGGAGUUUUGGGACUUUAUAAAGGAGCUUUUCCUCUGGCCUGCAGGGACGGACCGUCCUUCGCCACCUGCUUUCUGACGUAUGACACGUUAGCUUCAAAACUUGGCAAACCAGGACAGAAGCAGCCAGAUUGGACGGCGGUGAUGUUCUCUGGCGGUGUUGCGGGAAUGGCCAGCUGGUCUGUCGGGACGCCCAUGGAUGUGAUCAAAGCCCGUCUUCAGAUGGACGGCGUCGGAGAGCAGAAGAGAUACGGAGGAUUUCUUCACUGUGCUUCUGAGACCAUACGUCAUGAAGGUCCAUCGAUAUUCUUCAGAAGUCUGGGAAUAAACUGCUUGCGAGCGUUUCCGGUGAACAUGGUGGUUUUUGCCGUGUAUGUGGUGAUGGCUGAGAUUCUCAGUUCAGCGUCUGUUGGGACGCUCUUGUGACAGACGUCAAUCGUGCUUUAAGGAUCGUUGUAUUUUCUUGUGGGGAGUUUAUGAGGUGUCUGCUUCUGUCAAGAUCACGUCCGGGUCACAUUAUACGACAUACGUGAUGUUGAAAUAUACAGAAAAUGAAGCUGUUUGGUGAUGUUGAUCAGAUGACACUCACCUCAGGUUACACUAAUAAGUUUUAUUAUAUAUUUUUAGUGCUUUUACGGUUAGCAUCGCAUCAAAGCAGCUGUACAAGAAAAGUGAACUAUAAGACACAAUGACAAAUGUACAGAUUUAACACGUUAAAGUAAGAGAAAGUAGAUGUUAAUGAGUAAUGACCCAUUGAGAUGACUACAUUGGAUGGCUGCUUACUCAGACAAACAAAUAGCAUUGUAUUAUUUUAUUUAUAUUGAUAUUUAUAAAAUAUCUUAACAAAAGUCCCAGGAUCAUUAUUUGUCAUCCUUUUGUAUUUCAAACUCUUAUUGCCAUCAUGAAAGAAAAUCAAACUUUGCCAUGUAAAACACACACACACACGAAUAAAUGAUCAAUAUUACUGAAGAUGUGAAAUAUAACAUCAUUCCAGUAAUGC